AUGGAUGGUGGAGUGAAAGUUAGUGUAGGUGCCUUUGCUGGACCAGUUGUUGAUCCACAUGUAACAGCAGUUUGGGGGAAGAAUGUCACACUGAAAUGCAUAAUUGAAAUAAAUGAAACAAUAACACAAAUCUCAUGGGAGAAGGUACAUGGUAAAAGUACACAGACCAUUGCUGUUCAUCAUCCUGAAUAUGGGUUUUCUGUUCAAGGAGAAUACCAAGGAAGAGUGUCAUUUAAGAACUACUCACUUACUGAUGCAACUAUCAUCCUAAACAAUAUAAGCUUCUCUGAUUCAGGAGAAUAUGUAUGCAAAGCAGUUACAUUCCCACUAGGAAAUGCUCAGUCAUCAACAACUGUAACUGUAUUGGUUGAACCCAUUGUGACCCUAACAAAGGGACCAAACUCUUUAAUAGAUGGUAAAAAUCAGACAGUAGCAGCUAUUUGUACAGCAGCCGCUGGAAAACCUGCUGCAGAUGUUGAUUGGGAAGGAGGUCUUGGAGAAAUGGAAUCCAGUUCUACUUCAUUUCCAAAUGAAACUGUGACAGUUGUCAGUCAGUACAAACUCAUACCCACCAAAUUUGCCAGAGGAAGACGCAUAACUUGUGUUGUGAGGCAUCCAGCUUUGGAGAAGGAGAUGAGAUAUCCUUACACAUUGGACAUACUAUAUGCCCCUGAAGUUUCAGUAACUGGGUAUGAUGGAAACUGGUUCAUUGGAAGAGAGCAUGUUCAGCUCCGAUGUAAUGCUGAUGCAAAUCCACUGCCCAUGGAAUUUACGUGGACCAGGUUGGAUGGGCAAUGGCCCGAAGGUUUAAUGUCUUCAAAUAAUACUCUGCAUUUCAACAGUCCAUUGACUUACAAUUAUACUGGAACUUAUGUCUGUAAGGUGACCAAUUCCCUUGGACAAAGAAGUGAUCAAAAGUCGAUCUACAUAUUAGAUGUGCCAUUUAAACAGACAUCUUCUGUAGCUGUAGCGGGGGCUGUAAUUGGAGCAGUUCUUGCUCUGUUUAUUAUUACCAUCUUUGUGACAGUGCUAUUGACUCCAAGGAAAAAAAGGCCAUCCUACCUUGACAAAGUGAUUGAUCUUCCACCCACACACAAACCACCACCUUCAUAUGAGGAAAGGGCAUUCACUGUAUCUCAGAAAGAAGUCAUUCUUCAGAGAGAACGCUUCCCUUUGCAAAGCCAAUACAGGGAGAGAGAAGCUGGAAAUUUGCAGAACAUAAAAGCGGUAAAUGGCAGGCAACUUAAUUACGAAGAUGAAAAUCCAUUGGGCCAAGAAAAUCUUCAGCAGAUGUACCCAGUUCACAAGCAGAUAAGUUACAAAGAUUGGAGCAGCAAAUACCAUCAAAACCCAGGAACUGGAAGAAUCUAUAUUAAUCCUAGAGAACACUAUUAUUCAGAAAACAAUCCUUUACCCUUGGAGUCUUCUGAUGUGGGUUCAUCUUUGAAGUUCUUUGAUUUCAGUUUUGGAAGUAAGAAAUCGAGGGUUCUUUCAGGGAGAUUUUAACCAACAAGGCUGCAUUUCUAUGUUAGCUUUUACCAUUAAAUUGCAUGAUGUUCCGUUGUUACUCUGGUUCAUAGAAAUGCAAAUAUGUCUCUGAAAAAUAUUAGAGUUAAAGUAGGUUGCUCAAUGUACAUGGACAUACAAUUGCAAAUAACUUGUAAUGCAAAUUGUGUAUUACUGUGGAGUUUACAAGUAUAAUGAGUAGGCAGGUACAUUAUUAAGGAUUCACCUGUACCAAGCAAAAAGGAUUGUCAGUAAUGCUGCAGUGAGGCUUAGAAUGGUGAGUUGUGAAAUGUUGCCUAUGUUAUAUUAUGUGAGUAUUAGCACACAACUCAAAUGUGGUGGGAGGGCAUGGAGGAGAAAUUCAGAAUACCUGGAGAGAACAGAAAAAAAGUGUGUAUGUAUUGUUUUGAGAUCACAAAUAAAAAGGACAACAACUUAGUCUAGAAUUCAAACAAUCCUAAGCUGUAAGAG